ACACUCGAGAGAGGAGGCGUAGACCCAGAGGACGGCGACGGCGACCAAGGCGGCAGCGGUGGCCAUGGGGGCAGUGGGGGCGGCGGCGGCGGCGGGGGCGGACGCGGCAGGUAUGAAGAGCGGCGAAGAUAGCUUCCGUACGGAGAUGGUACUUGAGGCGAACGGUGCAGAAGGAGGAGGUGGCGUCGCCACACCGUUUGAAGAGGCCGUCGCCAUGACAGGUUCGGGCAAGUUUCACUGGGUGCUGCUGACGGUGUGCGGCCUGUGUCUGGUCGCCAUGUGCUUCGAGGUGCUGGGCAUCGCCUUCGUCACGCCGGCGGUGCUCUGCGACUUCGACAUGACGUCAUUCGAGAAGGGCUUCCUCGGCGGAACCAUCUACAUAGAUAGACCCGGGUACCGAAGUUCCAGGGCGAGGUGUUGGCUGACGGCGCCCGCCGUGUUGGCAGGCAUGAUCGUGAGCUCGCACCUGUGGGGGUACGCGGCCGACACGUGGGGGCGCCACGUGGUGCUGUCGCUCACGCUGGGGCUCGACUUCGUCUGCUCCGUGCUGUCCGGCCUCAUGCCCAGCCUCCCGCUGCUCAUCGUCUUCAGGCUGCUCAGCGGCAUCUGGGUCUGCGGGCCGUCGGCGGUGACGUACGCCUACCUGGGGGAGUUCCACUCGGACAAGACGCGAGCCCAGAGCAUGGUCUACGUCUGCCUCUUCAUCGCCGCCGCACUUGUGGUACAGCCAGGUGUGGCUUGGGCCAUCAUCCCGCAGCCGUGGGCGGCUCCCCUCGGCUGGAUCACGCUGCGCUCGUGGCGCGCCUUCCUCGUGGUCAGCGCGCUGCCCAGCGCCGCCACCUUCCUGGGCCUGUGGUUCCUGCUGCCCGAGAGCCCCAAGUUCCUGCUGGCCGCCGGCAGGCACGACCAGGCGCUCGACGUCCUCCGCCGGAUGUUCUCCGCCAACACCGGCCUGCCGCCGGACCAGUACCCGGUGGUGGCCCUGCAGGAGGACGGCCUGCAGACCUCGCCGGCCGGGGUUAAGUCUCCUCUGGCCGUGGUCCGCCACAUGUGGAGGCAAACCGCGCCACUGUUCAGACCGCCGUACCUGCUCUACACCGCCGUCGCCUGCUUCAUACAGUUCGGACUGUACGCCAGCUCCAAUGGGUUCUCCAUGUGGUUGCCGGAGCUGCUGAACCGAGUGGGCCAGUACAACCACGCCUACCCAGAGCACCCUACUGCCGUGUGUGACGUCAUCGCCAUCCUGGCAGGCCAGAUGUCGCCACCAGUCGCUGUGGAACGCUUCCAAGCCAACUACUCCAACACAACAGCCGAAUACACUACCACCGAAGUAACUGCCUUCGCCAACUGGACCACCGUGGACGGCUUCGCCGACAGUGGUGCCAACUGGACAGCGACCGCACUGGACAGCUCUACCUCUGGGCCCGAGGUGUGCGUGGCGACAGUUAGCGAGGUCAGCUUCCAGAACUCGAUGAUCAACGGCGCGGGCUUCGCCAUCGCCUACGUCGCCAUCAUCCCCCUCGUCAAGGCUGUCAGCAAGAGGCUCCUGCUGGCCCUCAGCCUGAUAGCAUCGGGGCUGUGUGGUGUUGCCGUGCUUUGGGCCCAGACGGAGCUGCAGAUCCUGAUGCUGCCGAUGGCGUUCGUGGUGCUCUCCGGAGCGUGCGUGUCCGUCGUCAAUAUCGUCGUCGUCGAUGCUGUCCCCACAUACCUCAGAGGCAUGGCGGUGUGCCUGUCGCUGUGUUUCGGCCGCCUGGGCGCCUUCGUCACGUCCCUCAUGCUGGGCGCCCUCAUAGACUCCAGCUGCGUCGUCGCCGUCUCCGUCCUGGGAGGAUACGUUGUGUUGUGUGGGUUCUUGUCGCUGCUGCUGCCAUCUGAAGAAAAGAUGAAGAAACUUCGCCAAUGACAAACACUGGAUCUCCAUCUGGAACCAUACGAUUAAGAACACCUUGUCUGUAUCCUAAGUCUUUGUUAUGUGCGCCCUCUCGCCAGAUCCAAAACUUUACUGCUGUAGCUAUGGAAUAAAACAUUCCUACGAAA